UAUAAAGUACAGCCAACCAUUGUGUGAUGCGAAAAAUACAAAAUCAUGGCUCUUCAAUGGAAGACUCACAACUUUACCAACUUCUUAGUCGUCGUCGUCUUCUUCAUUUCUCCAAUUUCAUCGCUUCAAUUCUCCAUUAAUGUCUGGCCAAAACCUAGAGUCGUCAAUUGGCCUCAUCCCCAAGCCGCUCUUCUUUCCCCCAAUUUCACCGUCAUUUCCCCUCACCGCCACUACCUCUCCACCGCCGUCGACCGCCAUCUCCGCCGCAUCCUCACCGAGAAUCACCGCCCCCUCCUUGACCCUUCUGUCAACAUCUCCUCCUCUGCUUCCCCCUUGCAGAAACUCAUCGUCAAAGUUGCUGAUCUCUCUGCCCCACUUCAGAGUGGCGUUAACGAAUCUUAUACUCUCGACAUCUCUGUCACCGGCUCCGCCAGUUUAGUGGCGGCAACGGCGUGGGGCGCCAUGAGAGGUCUCGAGACGUUCUCUCAGCUUGUUUGGGGCGACCCAUUGCGGGUUCCGGUAGGGUUUUCACUGUGGGAUGAUCCAUUGUUUCAGCACAGAGGGUUGAUGCUUGACACGUCGAGGAAUUACUAUGGAGUGGAGGAUAUUUUGCGGACAAUUGAAGCAAUGAGUAUGAAUAAGCUUAAUGUUUUCCAUUGGCAUAUAACGGAUUCGCAUUCUUUCCCUCUUGUUGUGCCAUCGGAGCCGGAGCUUGCCGCCAAGGGGGCUUAUGGGGAUGAUAUGCAAUAUUCCCCUGAAGAUGUUCUACGAAUUGUCAAGUUUGGAAUGGAGCAUGGUGUUAGAGUCUUGCCGGAAAUCGAUUCCCCUGGACAUACUGGAUCAUGGGCUCUGGCUUACCCUGAAAUAGUGUCAUGUGCAAACAUGUUCUGGUUGCCUGCGGGGUACAAAUGGGAAGACCGGCUGGCUUCAGAACCUGGCACUGGCCAUUUGAACCCCUUGAAUCCCAAGACCUACAAAGUCCUUAAAAACGUCAUUCGGGAUGUUACUGCUCUUUUUCCCGAAUCGUUUUACCACUCAGGAGUGGAUGAGAUUGUCCCAGGAUGUUGGAAGGCCGAUCCUUUGAUAAGAUCUUUCUUAUCAAAUGGUGGUACUCUUAGUGAAGUUCUUGAGAUCUUUGUCAACACAACCUUUCCUUACAUUCGCUCCCUUAACCGUACGGUUGUCUAUUGGGAAGACAUAUUGCUUGACGACAUUGUUAGGGUGCGACCGGAGUUUCUCCCGCAAGAGCAUACCAUCUUGCAGACUUGGAACAAUGGCGUUGACAAUACCAAAAAAAUUGUUUCUUCAGGAUAUCGAGCAAUUGUGUCAUCUUCUGAAUAUUAUUAUUUGGACUGUGGCCAUGGUGACUUUAUUGGAAACAAUAGUCAGUAUGACGAACAGGCAAAUGGUGAAUAUAAAAAUGGAGGGUCCUGGUGUGGACCUUUCAAGACGUGGGAAACUGUAUAUAACUAUGACAUAACUUAUGGAUUGAGUAAAGAGGAAGCUAGAUUGGUGCUGGGUGGAGAAGUGGCAUUGUGGUCUGAGCAAGCAGACCCAACGGUUUUGGAUGCACGGCUGUGGCCUCGAGCUUCAGCAAUGGCGGAGGCCCUCUGGUCUGGGAAUCGGGAUGAAACCGGUAAAAAGAGAUAUGCGGAGGCAACAGAUCGUUUGAAUGAAUGGAGAUACAGAAUGGUGAAUAGAGGCAUUGGAGCUGAACCAAUUCAGCCACUCUGGUGCAUUCGAAACCCCGGCAUGUGUAAUACAGUUCAAGUGAUCUAAUAGUCAUAAAUUGAUGAACAAUAUGUUCAAUUCAAAUGAGCCUAACAAUUUGAAAAACUUGUGGGUUUUCAAUUGAUAUAUUUGUCAAUGGAAUAUAUAUAUCUUAUUAUUGUA